AUGCGCCCCCACACUGACUUCUAUUUAGAGACGUAUAACUUCGCUUGCUCGGUGGCUAAGGAAUGCUUGUCUCAGCAGGUCUUGCAACCGUACGUGGCUGCUUUUACUCAACCAGCUCUUGGUCUGGAAAUCGCCAUGGAGUGGGAACGGCUUGAACUGGACGAGGUCGGCGUCGUUGAAGUGCCUGUUGUGGUGUCACCGCCAUUGCAGACUGCUUUAUUCACACUCUCCAGUCGAUUUGGCGAACUCUGCGUCUCCCAUUUGCUGUCGCGGGCUGUUCGUAAGCGGAUUUCUAGUGAGGUUGCUGAUCUCCUGGCCACUACUUUGAAUAGUGCCGUAGAAAAUGCCAAUGCUGUACAGCGAACUACUAUUCAAUUGCUCUUUGACUGCCGAGUGCUUCACACUCUGUUUCCUGAUGAAAAGUACGUAUUUUCUGAAAUGCUCUCAUGA